UUGUCACAACAAAAACAACCUUCGGUUCGCCGUUCGCUUCUUGUUCCGCUGUGAUUGGCUCGGCAAUUAAAAAUCUAUCGUUCGCACAAUUCCGUGAAAAUCACUGCGGGAUGUCGUCGACCGAGCUGGAGAAUUGCUUCACCUGCCUGCGGAGAUCGGACAACUUCCUGUGUAUUACCGAGCGGGACGACGUGAGCGGUGAAAAUGUGGAAGCAAUUUUUGCUAAACAUUUUUGGUUUACCAAAGAUGAAUAUCGCAAUCGAACCGUCUGCACUAGCUGCUGGGAGAAAAUUGACGAAUUUCACAAGUUUUACUGUGAAGUGGAGAAGGUCCACCCUCCCGGAAUAGUGGUGGAUGAGAUCAAAACGGAAACGAUCGAUUGCUGCGGGGAGGAGGAAAUGAUGAUUGGUUCGGAUAAUGAUUUGCGCAGUGAUCGUGAACCGCGUGAUCGGUUGGCGAAUCCGGAGCUAGACGAGGGGUCUAACCGUAGCCACACCCAGGUUUUUGUCGAACCGAUCUGUAAACUGGAGGUAAAACAAGAGUCCGAGCCGAAGGUGGUGAAUUACGACAAUACGAAAUCCGGAACAGAUGAUGAUUACAGUGAUAACGAUGAAGAGUGUGCUGCCGACGAUGAUCAAUACAUUGACCAGGUUGCCAGCUCAAGUUCUUCAAGUGAAGAGAGCGCAGCUAAGUCCGAUGAAUCCGAUUCGGAUGUGCCCUUGGCAAGGCGUCUUGCUGCCAGGAAACGAAAGCGAAAGCAACUGGUACAAAAGAGACGAGUUCGAGGCAGAACCAAGUUAAGGAAGGAAAAGUCGGACAAUGAAAAAUUGAAUGCGUUCAUACGACAACACAUGGACAUAACGUGUCAUAAGUGUACCGAAACCGGUCUAGAUAGCGACGAAACGUUUGAAACAUUCUACCGGUUAAGGGUACACUUUAAAAAAGUUCACGAUACCUAUGGGUACAUAUUUUGCUGCAAUCGGAAAUGGUCCACGAAAACGGGACUAGUAGAACAUCUGAAAAAUCACGAACCAAUGAAAAGUGAUCAUAGUCGUUGUUUGGAGUGUAACUGCAUUUUCAAAGAUAAAGGUAGUUAUGCGAAUCAUAUGUUUUUGGUACACACUCCGGAAGACCAGAAGCAAUUCAAAUGUGACCGAUGUUCGAAAGCAUUCGCCGCUGAAGAUCUGCUCAACAGUCACAUUAAAUGGCACGAGGAGGUGGAGAAAAAGAAUCACCACUGCCAAGUUUGUGGAAAAUAUUUUCUCAGUGCAAGAAAUCUAGAGAAUCACAACCUAAGUCACCAUAACUUCGGGGAGAGUUCUUCUACAAUGCAAAACACAGCUGGGGAAGACAUCGAUGAACAGUCUUUCGACCAGCCUGUCGACGAAUCUCUAGUCCAGUCGUGUGGGUCGAAAGUCAAACGAAAUAUCGACGAUAUAGCCCAACAGGAUGAGCUUAUAAAAAGAUACGUCUCCCUGAACUGUUCCAAGUGUGAUUUCAUAGGUGAAACCUUCAACAAGCUGUCUUACCAUGCGUUCAAAGUACACAACAUGAAUACUCACGCGGUCAUUUGCUGCGAUCGUCGCUUCGGUAAGCGCCAAAGACUAUACGAACACUGCCUGCGUCAUCUGAAUCCCGAUCACUUCAAGUGUGACAUCUGUGGCAAAACAUACGCCGACAGUUCGGGACUACAGAUUCACAAAUGGUGGAUCCACACACCGGUUUCGGAGCGACCGUUCAAGUGCGACAUAUGCGGAGCAGCUUUCGUGAAGGACUAUCUGCUAAAGCAACACACAAACUGGCACGUGAAUAAGGAACGGAAGACUCACUUCUGCGAACAGUGCAAUAAGGCUUACUCUAAUUCGCAACAGCUUAGAGCACAUCUGCAGAAGAAGCACGGUGCGGUGUGCGAUUGGGUUUGUGAUAUCUGCGCCAAAGGUUUCAAUCAUCGGGCCCUACUGGAAGAGCAUCGGUUAACUCACUCAGAGGAAGGUCUAGCCAGUUUGAAGAUUCAGUGCGAGAAGUGUCAUCGGUGGUUGAUCAACAAGAAAAGUUAUUUGCGGCACAAACGACGCUGCUACGAUACAUCCGGACCAGUCAAGUGUGACAUCUGUGGCAAGGAAUCAAUCAACGAAGCAGCCCUGAUGGGUCACAAGAACUUUCAUCAUUCCAAUCGGCCUUUGUUCACGUGUGCGUUCUGUGGCAAAGAAUGUAAGACGCAGCUUCGCUUGAAGGAACACGAAGCAACUCAUACCGGUGUAGUGCUGUACCAGUGUCCGUACUGUCCCAGGACGUCUAACUCAAGUUCAAAUAUGUACACGCACAAAAAAUCGGCACAUCCGGACAAAUGGGCCGAGGAGGUCGCUGCGCGCUUCUAUACGCGAUGAAGAUAGGUUAAGUGAAGGUAGUAAGUAGAAUUAAUAUAUCUAUUGUGACACUAUCGGAGGUAUGGAAUAAUUUUUUUUUUAAU